CAUCUCCCCAUCUCCUCUUCCUCCAUCCCCUUCUCCGCAGGAACAAUAUUACAUCUUCUCCUCCACAUCCAUCUCUCCUUCUCCACCGUCCGAUCAUAUCACUCCCAUCACCGAUCUCUUUCUUAUCUUGCACCGCCAGUGUUCCACGGUGAAAAAGAAAAAGAAAAAAAAAACACACUAGAUCUGAGACACUGAGAUAAGAGAUAAUGGCGGAGAAGCCGCCGGGACCGGCGCCGGCGGCAGCGCCGGCGAAGCCAAUGCUUCAGAGGCCACCAGGAUACCGAGAACCAGCGGCGGUGAAUGGCGGCAAUGGUCCUCGUCCGCCAAUGGUGGCGCGGAAACCGUCUCAGCUCCCCCCGACACUGCGGCACCCCGGCAAACCUCCGACGAGACGGCGGCGGCGCCGAUCUUGUUGCUGCCGAGCAUGCUUCUGGGUCACCAUUAUUAUACUUUGUCUCAUCGUCCUCCUCGCCAUCGUCGGCUUUCUCGCUUACCUUUGGUUCCAGCCUCGUCUUCCCUCGUAUCGGAUCGAGUCUCUCCGGGCGUCGAGAUUCAACGUCUCGUCUAGAUCCGAUGGGUCGUCGUACCUUGACGCCGCCGCCGCCGUCGAUGUCCAGGCGGCGAACCACAAUGGCAAGAUGGGGCUCUCGUAUGCGGAUCUGGAAGCGUGGGUCUCGGUGGCCGAUGAUGAUGGGGAUCUCACCAUAGGCUCGUCGAGCGCACCGGGAUUCGUGCAGGGGAAGCGGAACUCGACGGUGACGAGGUUCUCGGCGAGCGAGAAGGGGAUGAUGGUGGAUGAGGCGGUGGGGAGGAGGAUGGCAGUGAGGUUUAAGAGCAAGGAACUGAGAUUUGGGGUGGAGUUGAGGACGAAGGUGGGUCUCAGAGUGGGCGGUAAGAGUACCGGGAAGGUCCCGAUCCGGGUAGUCUGCGAUGCUGUGAGCUUGAAGCAGGGUGGCGCCGGCGCCGGCGCCGGUGGUCACGGCGGCGCGCUGCCAAAGUGUUCCAUUUAUUUGUUCAGAUGGAUUAAACUUCAUUGAUGAAAAAAAUGAGAUCAAACAUGGUGGAGUUCCAAAGAAGUGUUUCUUUGGGUGAUCAUGUAUAGAAGAAAAAGUGUAUUUAUAUUGCCUCCAUUCUUCUCAUGUCAGUAAAGGUCUUCUUGCCACUUGAUAUGGACUGAUUUUCAUGGAUUUGAUUUAUUGGUGCAGAGAAGAUUGUAUGUAUAAUUAUUUAUUCUUUUUUCAUUUCUUUUUUAUUUAUUAUUUUUGGGAGAGAAGGCAGUGUUUGUAAUUUUAGGCCUUUUGUUUUUUUUUCCAAGACAUACAAAAUAAUUUGAUGUUUUUUUGAUAUACUUAUAUGUGUUUUUUUUUUUUGAAUAAAAAUAGUGAUGUAUUCAGUUUCUGUUCUAAUAAUUCUUUUCUACACUAUU